UUUCAGAAAUGCCUAAAAUUGCUGUACUAGGCGCAGGAAUUAACGGUAUAGCAUCGGCUCUUGCAAUUCAGGAACGACUGCCAAAUUGUGAGGUGACAAUAAUUGCUGAAAAAUUUUCUCCGAACACUACAAGUGACGUGGCAGCCGGGCUCAUUGAGCCAUUUCUUUGUGACGAUGAUGUGGAUAGAAUUAUAAACUGGACAUCUGCCACAAUUUCCCGAAUCCAUGAGUACCAAGCUGACGGAAAUCCUGGCGCGGAGGAACAAUCAGGAUAUUGGUUACAAAGUGUAAAAAGUGAGCCAAAAUGGUUAAAACUGAUGAAAAAUGUGCACAUUUUGACGGACGCCGAGAUGAAGCAGGUGGCACGGAGGCCCGAGCACAAAUUCGGAAUAUUCUACACGACAUGGUACCUGGAACCAACUCCAUAUAUCAAGUGGUGCACCGAUAAAUUUUUGAAAAAUGGCGGGAAAUUCAAAAAACAAAAAAUCGAGAAUAUUGAUGACGUGGCAAGAAGCUAUGACGUCACAGUGAACUGCACCGGGUUGGGGUCCCGAGCACUGAUUGGUGAUAAGGAAGUCUAUCCGACGCGUGGUCAGAUUUUGAAGGUCUCGUGUCCACGUGUCAAACAUUUUUUCAUCGAUGACAAGUAUUACGCGCUGUUGAACGACUCCACAAUAACCCUCGGCGGUACCUUCGAAGCCCACCAGUGGGACCUGACAAUAAAUUCCGAACUUUCCCAAAAAAUCCUCAAAGAAAACAUUCACAACAUUCCAUCAUUACGUACCGCUCAAAUUUUGUCCAGUCACGUUGAUAUGCGGCCCUCGCGGGGUACUGUAAGACUGCAAGCUGAGCUCGGGAGGAGUUUGGUGCACAAUUAUGGGCACGGUGGAUCCGGAAUUACACUUCAUUGGGGAUGUGCUUUGGAAUGUGCUGAAAUUGUGGAAAAUGUGCUGAAAAUGAAAAAGUCGAAGUUGUGAUUUUAUUGAUUUUUUUUUGUUGAAGAAAAUUAAAAAUCAAUAAGUUAUCGAUUUUUUUUGUAAGAUAUUUUUGUCCAAUUUAUGACAUUUUAGUGCAAUAAAUAGUGCAAGCUC